AUGGAAUUCACUUCCAUAGAGCAAGCAUAUGUUUUUUAUCAGACAUAUGCCAAGAAGUCAGGGUUCUCUGCUCGAAAAGAAGGUGAACACCAUAGUGGUGGUAUUAUCAAGACUAAAUACUUUGUGUGUUCAAAGGAGGGGCAUAAACCUAUGGCUUUUGAUGAUCCUUAUUCGAAGUUGUCUAAGCCAUAUAAAAGUAGGAACAGGCCCACGAUUCGAACCGGGUGUAAAGCUCAAAUUAAGCUUUGUUCGACGGAUGGGGUGUUGUAUAAGGUUGAUAAGUUUGUUCAAGCGCAUAAUCAUUCAUUCGUGUGCCCCAAAGAUAUGCAUUUAUUACCGGAUUAUAGGCAUCUGUCCGAAACACAAGAAGAGAUGAUAUGGGAUCUUGGUACAUUGAAUCUUGGGCCAGUGAAAGCGUUCAAUAUAAUGAGAAAAAGAUACGGAGGUUUUGAAAAUGUUGGCGCAACUAAAGACGACUGCAAGAAUUUUAGAGCUAGGAUACAUAGCUAUAUAGGAGAGUAUGAUGCAGAUAUGGUUAUAAAUAGGUUGACUGAUAAAAAGCAGUUUAUGGUUGAUUAUUCAUUUGUACAUUCAGUCGAUGAAAACAAGCGAUUAACUGGCCUGUUCUGGGCCGAUGGUUUGUGCAAACGUAACUAUGCUGAGUUUGGAGACGUCAUAUCGUUUGAUGCUACAUUCAAAACCAACAAGUAUAAAAUGGUUUUUGUACCCUUUACUGGUAUUGAUAACCAUUGUCGGAAUCCGAAGGUGGUCAUCACUGAUCAGGACCCGGCGAUGAAACAAGCUAUCGAGGCAGUGUUCGAUAAGAGUAGGCACAGAUUAUGUAUGUGGCACAUAAUGAAGAAAGUUGUUGAUAAGCUUUCUAUCGUCAUGAGCCUAUGUCUGGGCUUAUGCGGACCACCUCCAGAUCAGAGAGCGAAAACCAUUUUUUCUGUCAGGGUGGCGAAUUCUCAACUUACCCUUGUUGAGUUUUUUAACCAUUUUGAUGGUGCAAUGGACGUGCAAAGAUUCAACCAUCGGAAAAAUGAUCAUAUUUCUAAAAAUACAACCCCAGAUAACUGGUCUGAAACUACCUUAGAGGAUGAUGCUAUGAAAAUUUACACUAGGUCCAUCUUUGCUGAUCAGCAGGCAGAGUUAUAUGGAACACUGUCUGAGUGUCUUCCUAUGGAGACUAAAAUCGAGGAACCGUUCUUGAAGAUAAGUAUGAAGGAUUGGAAAGCCCACAGUGACGGUUUAUUAGAGGUUUGUUUCAAGAAGGAGGAGGAUGUAAUUGAAUCAUGCAGUUGUCGCAGGUUUGAACAAUAUAGAUUGUUGUGUAAACAUAUAUACUUUGUGUUCAAGAUGUUCAAAGUUAAAGAAAUUCCCAACAAGUAUGUUAUGAGAAGAAAGACCAAAGAUGUGGUACCGAAUGAUCUAAAUAACACAUUUGAUUUAAGUGUUGAUGAUAAUGAUGGGCAUAAAAAGGCCAAAGAGGUUGCGUAUGAGAUAAUGCAGACCGGAGAGUAUCUUAUUGGUAACUUGAUGAGAGAUUUUGAUCAUCUAGUUAUAGUCAGGGAUCAGAUGAGGGAGAUGAAAGAAAUGGUUGAUGAACUUCACAUAACCAAGCCCAUCGACCCUAAGUUUGAUAGAUAUUCAAGGUUAAUCGGUUACGAGAAACCGAACACUGAUGCUCCACCUACGGUCCGUGUGCCAACCGGUAUUAGAAACAAUGGUCGUGGUUCUCAUAAGCGGAUUAAAUCAAAAAAAGAAAAGAUGAUUAGUCUAAAAGGCAAGAGAAGUCGGACAUGCAGUUUGGAGACUGAUCCUGGUUUAGUAGACGAGGAGGACGAGGAGGCGGAAACUGGUGAGGGAGAGGAGAAGUAUGAGGAGGUUGACGAAGCAGAUGAUAGUGAUUCUGAAUGGGAAGAGCUAAACGACGACGAUGAGUAA